GAGGAUCCUGGGAUAGGAGGGGAGGUACUGGGAGAGCUCUCAGUGGGAGGAUCCUGCUAGAGGAAGGGAGGUAGUUGCAGCUCUCAGUGGGACGAUCCUGCUCGCCUUUCCAGUUCUUCUUCCAUCCUCGAUCAAUUACACCAUACUGCAGCAAGUGAGUGCGUGUUACCAUCCAGAGGAACAUCAAGUGGGAAGUUAGCAUCUCCUAAACGCACAUUCGUUGUCGGAAGAAAGUGAUGGCCGCCAUUCGGAAGAAGCUGGUGAUUGUCGGGGAUGGAGCGUGUGGUAAGACCUGCCUGCUCAUCGUGUUCAGUAAAGACCAGUUCCCCGAAGUCUACGUACCCACCGUGUUUGAGAACUACAUCGCUGACAUCGAAGUGGACGGAAAACAGGUGGAGCUGGCUCUAUGGGACACUGCGGGCCAAGAGGACUACGACAGACUGAGGCCGCUCUCCUACCCCGACACAGACGUCAUCCUCAUGUGCUUUUCCAUCGACAGCCCCGACAGUCUAGAGAAUAUCCCUGAAAAGUGGACCCCUGAGGUGAAGCACUUCUGUCCCAACGUGCCCAUCAUCCUGGUGGGCAACAAGAAGGACCUGCGCAACGACGAGCACACGCGUCGAGAACUAGCCAAGAUGAAACAGGAGCCGGUUAAGCCAGACGAAGGGAGAGAGAUGGCGAACCGGAUCAACGCCUUCGGCUACCUCGAGUGUUCUGCCAAGACCAAGGACGGCGUGCGGGAGGUGUUUGAGAUGGCCACUAGGGCGGCGCUGCAAGUUCGCAAACGCAAGAAGAGCGGCUGCCUGCUGCUGUGAUCAUGUAGCUAGGCUAGGCUAGGCUAGACUGGGCUAGAGAUGGAAGUCAAGUGACCCAAGAAAACAUCCUGAGAACCACGUGGACUGACCUUACAGAUUGCAUCCUUGUACCGUAUCUCCCAUUUCACAGUGUCAGGUCGGGUGAAAGGGAGAAGAGCAGUGCUGACCAAUACCACGGACGUUGUUUAUAGCAUCAGUUAGAAGUGAAAAUUCUGGACUUUGUUUUUCCUUCCUUUUAUAGCACAAGCUGUCUCUCCAUGCAUUUCUUUUGCUUUGCCAUUUUGAAAAUGCAACACAAAUGUCCACAUUUGUAUGCUAAAAUUGUUUUCCAUGUGCAUUUAUCCUUGCUUGCUGAAGAUGCAUAUAUCUGUACACACGCUCACGCUCUCCAGAUUUCGUUUUUAUAAUCCGAAAUCUAUUUUCAAGAUUGGUAUUAUUUUUAUAUUUUUUUAUAAAAUAUAAAAAUAAUACUAAUCUUGAAAAUAGGAGUGUAAAGUAGGUGUGGUCCGAGGAGGGAGCCUACUGAAGACACCUUCUUGGCUUUGCCGGUGCCUUUUUCAUUAUUCUUUUUGUUAUAUUUUGUAUCCAUAGCAACAACAGCUCAUUAUAUUAUGUCACAAAUUCCAACUACAAAGACCAAGAAUCCUCCUUGUUUCAGUUGAAGACCUGCGUUUCCUGGUGCUGAAAGUCACCAGGAGUGGCCUUCUACACCCUGGUUUACUGUCAGGUCCCUAACCCUUAUAGCCCCCCAGUGUACCCUGGUUAACUGUCAGGUCCCUAACCCUUAUAGCCCCCCAGUGUACCCUGGUUAACUGUCAGGUCCCUAACCCUUAUAGCCCCCCAGUGUACCCUGGUUUACUGUCAGGUCCCUAACCCUUAUAGCCCCCCAGUGUACCCUGGUUUACUGUCAGGUCCCUAACCCUUAUAGCUAUACCUUAUAGCUCCCCCAGUGGAGCUCUGCCCCAUUACUCGCUUUUAAACUUGCACUAAAAGCUACAACUGUGGGCCCCCCAUUUGAAACAUAUUCUUUACAAGGAUGUGUUUAUAAAUAAUUUGAAACUAAACAACAUUCCAAAGCUGUCUCGGAGGGAGGUCGGUGUGUCACAGGUGUGUGUGUGACUAUGUGUUUGUGUUAGUGACACAAACACACUCUGUUUGUGAGCGAUUGUAUGUGCGUGUGCACCAAUGCAGGAACAGAUUUGGGAUAGAGCCUCCAGAUGCAUGCAAGAAAGCCAAUGUAUUUGGAGUUUUACAAGAUGUUUCAAUCAUUCAAGCACAUUUUAAGAGAUUUUUACAUUUGAAGUAUUUGUCUCUUAAUAUUUAAAUCCUGCUAUUACAAUGUAUUGUGCAAUGACCACCAAACAUGGACUUUGUUUGUUUUUAAGGAAAGAUGAUUGUUGUGGGAUUCAAGGGAUCAUUGAUUAUUGUCAUUAUUAAAAGGAACACUGAGCAGAAUUGAGACCUGGACGCUGAAUUAAAGGAGGGAUGGAGAACGUUAAAUAUCCUCUGACUGACCAACAUUAAAAUCCAAUAUGGUCCAUGAGGCCUAAAUCAAUCAGGUGUAAUGGAAGUUUUGAACACAGGGGUACCUCAUGAUGUCAAUAAUGGACACUGGCUUACAGGCCAAUAAUUAGACAAAUUAGCCAAAUUAGUGAGUUCUUCCCCCUAUUCCACCUCUGUGAUGACGGCCUAUUAGGAGGCUUAAUGUCAGAAUGCAGGCCACUCAGUUAAGAAACACGGUUUAUGUAUGUACACACAAUAAAUGAAUAAAAUUGUAUAUAAAUACA